AUGCUGCUGGUGACCGUCCCGGUCACCAACGCAUACAACCUGGUUACGGAUGACCCGAACAACAUCAAGACCAUCGCAAGAUCGAUGACCGAAGACCUCAUGUCUUUCUACGAUGGAGACAAGCCGGGCAAUACCCCCGGUCUUCUUCCCAAGCCGUACUAUUGGUGGGAAGCCGGCGCCCUCAUGGGCACCAUGAUCGACUAUUGGUACUACACGGGCGAUGAUACCUGGAAUGACGUUGUCACUCAGGGACUCCUCCACCAAGUCGGCAAAUACAACGACUAUAUGCCCGACAACCAGACACUAACCGAAGGCAACGACGACCAGGGCUUCUGGGGACUUGCCGUCAUGACAGCCGCCGAGUAUAAGUUCCCCGACCCCCCGAGGAUAAGCCGCAAUGGCUUGCGCUGGCACAGGCAGUCUUCAACACCCAGGCUGCACAUCUUCAAUUGGAACAACGGAUACGACUACAAAAACACCAUCUCGCAGGCUUGUUUCUUUGCCCUCGCCGGGCGCCUAGCCCUCUAUACUGGCAAUACUUCCUACUCCGACUGGGCCGACAAAACAUGGGAUUGGAUGGUGGGCGUCAAGUUUAUCACAGACGACUACUAUGUCUACGAUGGCGGUCACAUCCAGUACAAUUGCACAAACAUCGUACCCUACCAGUGGACGUACAACGCCGGCGGCAUGAUCCUCGGUGCGGCGGCCAUGUACAAUCAUACGAAAAGCGAGGUGUGGAAGAACCGGCUGGAUGGACUUGUCAAGGCGGCCGAUGUCUUCUUUGUUGGCGAGGAAAAGAACAUCAUGCAGGAGGUGGCAUGUGAGACGGUGAAUCUUUGCAAUGUCGAUCAGCAGUCUUUCAAGGCGUAUCUCAGUCGUUGGCUGGUCGCCAUCACUAAAUGGGCCCCACACUUGUCGGAUAGUGUCAUGGCCAAGAUUCGUCCGUCGUCUAUUGCAGCUGCAGCUCAAUGCAAGGGUGGCUCGAACGGUCGUAUGUGCGGACUGAAGUGGACCGAGAACGGGACUUGGGACGGAAUGCAAGGUGUCGGGCAGCAGAUGGCGGCCCUUGAGGUCACCCUCGGCAACCUCAUCGGAGUAUCCAGGGACCCUGUUACUGCCCAUGGUGGCGGCACUUCCCAAGGCGACCCCGGAGGUGGAGGCAGCGAUAUUGGGCGAACGAUUCCGGCGGUCUCGAAUUGCCCACCUUUGAGUCCGGGCGAAACGGCCGGAGCAGCAAUUUUGACGAUGGUGGUUCUUGGAUUUCUUGUCGUCGGGAUUAUAUGGAUGCUCAUGGACGAGACGUCGAAGAAGCCCCUUCAGGAGCGCUUUUUCGACUUCAGGUCUGCGCUUCUUGGAGGCGGGGGCCUAGCAGCUUUGGCCAAGCGACACAAGACGGAUGAGAUGAAUGAGAAAGGGAAGGGAAUCGACAACGAUGUUUCCAGCGACGGAGCGAGCUCACAUGAAAACGGCAUAUUGUCUCCGUUGCCGCCCAAGGGUCAUGAUGUAAACGGCCAACGAGAUUUACCGCAGCGGGGCAGUAUGAUCUCUCAAAUGAGCGAUACGACAGUGGUUUCGACCCAUCCUCCGGGGAUUCCCAUGGUCCGAGAGAAGAGGCUUAGCAGGAAGAACAAGAACCUUACGUUGCGGAACAGCAUAGCGUCGCAGCGGUCUGCUCGGAUCGAAUAG